UCUCGAGGGUUGGAUCCAAUUAUUCAAUAUUUUUUCGAAAUGACAAGCUUACCUGAUAACGAUUGGCAACCACCAUAUGUUACUCUUGAAACUACAAUGGGAAAGAUUACGAUUGAGCUAUAUUGGAGGCAUGCCCCACAUACAUGUAAAAAUUUUGCUGAAUUGGCUAGGAAAGGAUAUUAUAAUGGUGUUAUAUUUCACAGAAUAAUACCAAAUUUUAUGAUUCAGGGAGGUGAUCCUUCUGGAACAGGAAGAGGGGGUUCCUCUAUAUAUGGUAAAACUUUUGAGGAUGAAAUAAAUGAAGAUCUUAAACACACAGGGGCUGGUAUUUUGUCUAUGGCUAAUUGUGGUCCAAAUACUAAUGGGAGUCAAUUUUUUAUCACACUUGCUCCCACUCAGCACUUAGAUGGUAAACAUACUAUUUUUGGACGGGUUGAUAAAGGAAUGGGUGUUGUGAAGAAGAUUGCCCUAGUUGAAACUGAUGAAGAAGAUAGACCAACUGAUGAUGUUCAAAUACUCAAAGCAUAUAUAUCCUAACAAAAAAGAUACAAUAUUCUAACAAGGAAAAUACAUAUAUAAGCAAAUAAUAUUUAUAUGAUAUGUAUUAAUAUUUUAAUAAUGAAAAUAUAUUGUAUAUAAACCAAAAUUUUGAGU